GUCAAGAGUGCCUUUAAUGUUGACCGCAGCCAAAUCUUUGCUUCUAAUCGUUUGGCUGACCUCGGGAUGAGUGAAUGAGUCAACAGAUGUAAAUCAGUGAAAACCGAAGAAGCAUAACAAAAAGUGUGGCCUAAAUCAUACGUCUAGGAAUAAAAGUGAGGUUCCCAGUCAGAGUGAAUGUGUUAGAAACGAAAGGAAAGUUUGCAAAGAUUCCAACGACCGUCAAUACCCCCCGUUACGUAAAGCAUCCACCGUGUUGUACACAGUGCCAAGAAGCAGUAGCAUAAAAGUUUCCUCUUUAUUGACGUCUUUCUUCGUUUCUAAUUCGUUGGAUAUGUACCGCUUCUAUAAAGCUUUAUGCCUUCAAAGACUUAGGAGGCAACAAUAAAAAACAAGCGUUGAAUUGCCAAGAAACCAUACUCUUGGUCCAUUCAUCGCGAAAUCUAAAACAACCUCUGCCAUCACAGUUGAACAAGAGUAAAAGCCUAACGCAAUACCUUCGGUUGUUUAUUACAAACAAUUACAACCAACAUGCUGUCGUAACGAACCACCUCACAAUCGGCGUUUGCUGCUCGCCUGCCAACUGCAGAAUAAAAAAAUAACAUUAUCUAGUCAUAGGCAAUUCACAUUGGCGACUGAAAUCGAUACCACCCAUCACGCGGCAAUCAUCCGUCAGAAAAUGAGGGUCGGUGAGGAUGAUUUGUCCAGUCUGGAGUACAUCGAGGAUCCUUAUAUUCCCAAGCUCGACAAUUGCAUAACACCUUCUCUCGAUGACAUCACCGAGUACAAUCCGGACGACCUAGGCGAUGAACAGAACUGGCCAGAAGAAACCGAGUUCUACCUACGAUCUCUCACACUGGACCAGAUCCUGGGUGUCUCUUCCGACGAGGAUAUCGAUCCGGAAUUGGAAAUGCAAACAGUGGAAACCGAAUUCAGUCCCCUUCUGCAUUCGGAGACAUCUAUGAAUGGAACGACCUCAAAUUCAUCGAGCGAAAGCAGAACCGGCGUAGGGGUGAUGAGAAGCAUUCUGGCAAACAAACUGCUAAACGGUCGUACAAAUAAGUUUAACUUGUUCAGUAAGAAACGGAUACGGGACGUACGGGUGACGUUUAUAGAUUUUUCUAAACCUUACCUGGCGCGGAUAUCCAGUGGAGAUAACUACAAAAGCUUUCUGAAUAUUGGGAGUGCUGUAGACAAUUCGGGAAAAUUGUCCGAUGCAUCUCCCGUCGGGUCGGUGACCUCAGCUGAAAUCGCUCAUGAAUUCUCGGGACUUACGGUCGAAGAACAGGAGGCGCAGCGCGCCGAAUGGAGCCAGGAACUGGCACGGGUGGAGGAGGAAAUCACUACUCUACGCACCGUGCUGCAAUCCAAGAUUCGACAUUCGAGUGAACUGAAGCGUAAGCUGGGCAUCACCGUUUGGAAGGAAAUCACCGACGAUAUGAGCCAGGGUAUCAAAAACGUCAAGGAGAGCAACGUUUAUCAAACUGUCGAGACAAAAGUGGGCGAAAUCACGACAGCAGUUACGAGUGCCCCAAUCUAUCAGAAAACCGAAACGGCCAUCAAGACAACGGCUGGUAGAACUACAUCCGUCCUCGGUGGAAUCACCAGCAAGAUGACGCAGAAGAUAUCCGAUAUGAAGCAAUCGGAUUCGUUUCGAUCAUUCGAGGAGAGAGUAGGAUCAGCCUACGAGAACGUUAGAUCAAAAGUAUCAUCUCGGUCAAGCUCGGUGCAGAGCUUGUCGGAUCUGCAGAAUGACGAACGUCGCAGUUCGGUUACGACUCCAACGGCGAUUCCGGAGGAGAAAAACGUUCCUUAAUAGCCUACAGGUCGGGAAGGAACACAACAGUAGCAAAAGCAGUAAGUACCAGAUCGAAGAACACUAGAGCAUUUUGUCACAGUUUUUGGCUACAUAUUUAUGGGGUAUUACCGAAGAAUAAGAAAAA